UCUUUAGCAGAGUCUCUUUGUGAAAACUCGACUCUCACUUCAUUAGACCUUUCUCGUAAUGAAAUUGGCUCUGAAGAAGGAAUAGCAUUGGCAUGGGCACUUCGAAUGAAUUCAUCUUUAAUCUCUCUAGAUGUUUCUAUUGGUGAAUUGGGUUCUGAAACAUUAAUAAGAGCAAUCAUAAAAGCUUUACGCAAGAAUGUAACUUUAACUUUCUUGAACUUACACUAUAGUGAUUUUAAUUUUGAUAAUUCUGAUGAUGAUUCUGACGAACAAAAUGUAUUUAAAAAUAUUAAUGAUUUAUUAGAAAAUCUUAAAAAAGAUAUUAGAAAGGACAUUAAUAUUUC